AUGGGUGACUCAACGCACCGAAUCCUUCUCCCUCCCAGCCAGGGCUCCUUCGCUGCUCCAACACCAUCUGGCCUUACGCCAAACACACGCUCAGAAGCUGAAUCCGCAUUCAAUCUCAACGCCAUGCAGCAGACCGACUCUGCGGCUCCCGCAGACAUUGCAGACAAUACCUUGUCCGAGGCGCAGAGGGCGUAUAGGCGGCCGGGCGGUCCGAUCAGGGCGAGUAGUACGAAUUAUGAAAAGGCGUUGAGGGAAGUCAGGGGCCAGGUUUCUGCAUCAUCCGAUCUCUCCGACGACACAACAGCCGCCGAAGAAGUCACCGGGCUCGCGAAGGUGCAAUCGCCCGUCAAUGGGAUCGCCUUCCCGCCGCCAGGCCAAGGCGUGGUACCAUCUUACCAAGGCAUUGGCACCGGACAGGCCGAAGCAGUGAAGAAGGCGCGAAAUAGGGGUCUCAGCUUGGGUCAACUGGGUAGGGCACCGAGUUGGAAUGAGCAAGACAUGAAGCAUAUGUUGCAGGGAAAAUUGAUGGAGCAAGUUGAUGGUGCGGCGGGUUAUGACUCUGGUCCGGAGAGGAAGUGA